AUGUGUAUUGCUAAACUGCAGAAAGACAUUGCAAGUAAAAUUGGAAUAAAAUUUUCUAGAGAUGAAGAUGAAACUACAAGGGCAGGGAUGCUCUUUGAAACAUUGUCUCAAAAAAGUAGGUUUGUGAUGAUCUUGGAUGACCUAUGGGAGAAGGUUUCACUUGAGAGAAUAGGAAUUCCUGAGCCAUCAAAUGGGAGUAAGUUAGUGUUGACAACUCGAUCAUCUGAUGUGUGUAGACAAUUGGGUUGUAGAGUAAUUAAAGUAAAGUCUCUUACAGAAGAAGAUGCAUGGAAGUUGUUCUUGGAGAAGGUGGGUCGUGAUAUUUUCAAUAUUCUAGGAGUGGAACCAAUUGCAAGAUCAAUUGUUAAGCGUGUGCAGGAAUGCACUGAAAGAAUUAAGCCUCAAAAAAAAAGUGCUAAUGGAUUCAACGAUGAAAUGUUCCAACAAUUACAAUUCAGUUAUGAUCGUUUAAAGGAUCCAGCACUUCAACAUUGUUUCCUCAGUUGUGCAUUAUAUCAAGAGGAAGAGGAAGGUCUUAUUCAACUUUGGGUCGUAGAGGGGCUUGUGGAAGAAAUGGAAAGUAAGCAAGCAGAGUUCGACAAGGGUUAUGCAAUAAUGAAUAGACUCGUCAGCAAUUGUUUGUUAGAAGUUUUUACUCAUUUUGGAAAUGCAAGAAUUGUAAAGAUGCAUGAUCUUAUAAGGUACACGGCAUUACAUAUUGCAGAAUCUCGAUUCUUGGUAAAAGCAGGCACGAUGUUGGAAAAGGCACCAGACGUGCAAGAAUGUAGCAUGAAUCUAGAGAAAGUUUCGAUAAUGAAGAAUCGAUGGUUAUAUAUACCCUUGGAAAUGUCACCCCCAAAGUGUCCCAGACUCACAACAUUGUUGUUGUCUGAUUGUGAUAUAGCCAGUAUUCCUAAAGGUUUCUUCAAGCAUAUGGAUGCACUUAAGUUGUGGUACAAGGAGUAUUCCAAAAGGCUUCUUCGACCAAAUGGAUGCACUCAAGAUUCUUGA